AUGACGCGGAAUAUCAACAAGAUCAGAAAAAGACUUGGUGCUUCUGAUUUCAUCCGUCAUUUGAUGAGUUUGCCUUUUCCAAAGCCGGAGGAUAUUGAACAUUACUACGAAAGCGUGUUUUACAAAUUCCGUGGUCUACUUGGGGCUGACGCGACUCGAUUACUGAUACCAUUAAGCUCUACAUGGACCACACUUGGAUUGGAGCUCCUGGAUUACUGCCUGGUGAUCCUCGAGAACGGCCAUUGUUUGAGAAAGAGUUUUGGAAUUGCUACAACUACACCAUGA